AGCACACCUAGGCGUAAUGAAUUUCGGAGCACGCUUUGGAGUUUGGGACUACAGCAUUUUUUUCACCAUGCUUCUGGCCUCUUCGGCGAUCGGCAUUUACUACGCGUUUAAGGCCGCGAAGAAGCCGCAGGCGCCCAAAUCAAUGGGAGCCAUCCCAGUGGCUAUGUCGCUGAUCAGCACAUCUAUAUCUCCCGUGGCUAUGUUGGGUAUUCCAGCCGAGAUGUACUUCUACGGCCUCGGGUUUAUCAUGAUACAGUUGGGUCUGCUGUUCACCGUGCUAUUGACGAAUCACAUCUACAUGCCCAUGUUUUACAACCUCGACGUCACCAGCGCUUUCCAGUACCUCGAGCUUAGGUUCAAUCGGACGCUUCGCACCAUUUGUUCAGUGUCAUCAGCUUUGCAAAUGAUUGUGUACAUGUCUAUAGUGCUUUAUGGACCUGCGCUUGCACUGCAACAAGUGACCGGAGUAAAUCUGUGGCUGUCAGUGGUCUCUAUCGGCGUCGUCUGCACCUUCUACACGACAGUGGGUGGAAUAAAAGCGAUCGUCAUGGCCGACGUGUUCAUGAGCUUCAUAAAGUAUGCCUCCAUCAUACUGCUUGCAGUGAAAGGGACCAUAGACGUCGGUGGCUGGCACAGCGUCUACGAAAAAAACCUCGACUCUCAGAGAUUAUAUCUGUUCGAUUUUCGGCCGGACCCGACAGUUCGUCACUCAGUGUGGUCCCUGGUUAUCGGUGGCACAUUCCUGUGGCUCACCAUGUACGCCGUCAACCAAGGCUGGGUACAGCGCUACCUCAGCAUGCCCAACGUGGCCACAGUUAGGAGAGCCAUGUGGAUAAACUUGCUGGGAGUAAUUGGACUCCAGAGUGCGCUGUGCUACGUGGGACUGGUGAUAUUUACGCGCUACAAUGACUGCGACCCCAUCAGCACAAGGCAGGUUGCAGCGGCCGACCAAGUAAAUCCAUUUUUCGUCAUGGACAUCCUGGGGAGCUACCCAGGUGUGCCCGGGCUCAUCGUGUCUGGAAUAUUCAGCGGAGGACUGAGCGGCGUAUCUGCAAGCCUCAGCUCCUUGGCGACAACGACCCUUCAGGAUAUCGUAAAGACAUACAUCAAGCCGGACCUUGGGGAUAGGGCUGCUGGCAUCUUACUGAAAGUUCUUACCGUAGUGUUCGGAGUCAUCGUCGUUGCCAUGGUGUAUGUGGCCCAGCAGAUGGGGGACGUCCUACAGUCGGCACUCUCCAUCCUUGGCAUCGUCGGUGGCCCUCUCGUCGGCGUCUACAGCCUCGGCAUCUUCGUCCCCUUCGCCAAUUCCAUUGGAGCUAUCACGGGCUUGGUGGCCGGCGUAACGACCCUGUCCUGGAUCAGCGUGGGCGCCUACCUGCGGAGGCCGUUUCACUGGCGACCACCGGUCUCGGUCAACGGUUGUGUCCCACUGUACCUUAAUGCAACAGGCCUUGAACAGCCGGUUAUUCCCUCUGUCAACAUCGACGCGCACAAUUCUCAGAUUGAGUACAUCUACCGCUUGUCCUACCUGUGGUACAGUUUUCUUGGUGCAUUUAUCGUGCUCGUCCUGGGAUCCUUCAUUAGCCUUCUGACAGUUCGAUGGUCCAAGCCGGUUGAAGAGCGUCUCCUGAUUAGGAUCACCUGCAAAUGUUUUUCAAGAAGGGGUACACAGCAAGAUGCCAAGUCACCUUCUGUGGACAAUGAGAUUUCACAUGGCAUUGGUCCUUUCUUCGUGGAGCCAAUUGUCACGGAUUCAUCCCAACAUAACUUGGCAGGACUUGCUACCAGCAGCAAAUCGCCAGUAACACUGUUGACAACGAGCAAGAAGCAGAAGCCACUGGAAGAACUAGCCUUCCGGACAUUGAAUGGCACAGUGCAAAAUAAGGUUUCUAAUGUAAGUCCACCUGAGCAUUAA